AUGCACCAAGGUGGCGGGUCCACCAAACAAAACAACAUACCCCAGAGGCGCCCUGGGUCAUCAAACCAACAUCAUAAUCACUCUCACGGGUUCAAGCCGUUCGGGCUGCAGCCAGGACAGGGUGCUCCCAUGGAUAUCGGCGCGGUCCAAGGCGGACAAAUGCGCAGAUUCAAGGGCAACUGUUACAACUGCGGCCAAGAGGGACACAUGUCCCGAGACUGGCGCCAGGCACGCCAACUAGAAAUCGAAAAGCCGGACGAUCGGCUCAACUCUUUGGCUGGCCGUUCUUACGACGAAAUCCGGGCCUUCUUCUAUGACCAACAGGUCAACGAAAUGAAGGCUCAGGGAAAAGAAUUCGGGGCUUAG